AUGGCAUCGUCCGUCCCCCGCGUCUUGGUCCUGGGAGGCCACGGAAAAGUCUCUCUUCUCCUGCAGCCAAUUCUGCUGGCGAAGAAGUGGCAUGUCACUAGUGUGGUGCGAAACCCGGACCACGAGGCGGAAAUCCUCGCCCUAGGACAGGGCCAGCCUGGGAAGAUCGAUGUGGUGGUCGACAGCCUGGACGAGGUGCAGGACCCGUCGCAAGCGCAGCGCGUGCUAGACAAGGUCCAACCCGACAUUGUGGUUUGGUCUGCUGGCGCUGGCGGCAAGGGGGCCCCUUCGCGCACCCGAGCGGUAGACGAGAUUGCAGCCAAGGCAUAUAUCACCGCUGCGGUCGGCACGCCCAGCGUCAGCAAAUUCCUCAUGGUCUCGUACAUUGCCUCGCGCCGUGGCUAUCCGCCGUGGUGGACAGAGGAGGACAGGAAGUCGGCCGACCAUGUCAACCACAAGGUCCUUCCGCACUACUUCCAGGCCAAGGUCGAGGCGGACGAGCACCUGGAGGCUCUGGCACAGAAGCGACGUGACGGCGGCGACAAGGUCUUUCAGGCCAUCAACCUGCGCCCGGGGUCGCUGACGGACACUCCGGGGACGGGCAGAGUCACCUUGGGGAAAACGUCGGCUCGUGGCAACGUGCCUCGUGCAGAUGUGGCCGCGGUGGCCGCCGCCCUCCUGUCCAGAAAUGACACGCGGGGAUGGUUUGAUCUCCUCGAGGGCGAAGUGCCCAUCGAUGAGGCCAUUGACCAGCUGGUCCAGAAUGGCCAUGACGGAUUGGAGGGAGAAGACCUGCAGCGCAUCCAUGCAAGAGCGGUCUAG